AAUGCGAUCGCCAUAGUUUUUUUUUUAUGUCUGGCAUCAAAGUUUCUGUUGUGUAACUGUUGAUGUUUUAAGACUGUAAUUUAAAUAAGCACAAGCAUGGAUUUAUUAGCAAAUUAUGAUGAUGAAAUUUCUAACACAUCAAAUAGAUCUACAAAUGGUGAACAGGUAUUCAGCCAAAAAAUAGAAAAUACUGGUAGACUACAAUCAGAAUGGGAAAAUUUUGAAAAAAUGAUUGGCACUUCUCCUACUAGUGGACUUGGUGAUUCAUGUGAAAUGACCCAGCCCAAAAUCAGUAAUUCUAAUGAUAUAGACAAUAGAAUAUCAACCACUGUUGUUUUGCAAGAAGCCCUUUCAAAUCAUGAUGCUGAUGAAGAUGAAUCUCACCUGCCUCCUGGGGUGAGAAAGAAAAAUAGAUGCCACAGUAGUAGCAGCAGCAGUUCAGAAGAAGAGGAUAAUAAAAGAAGGAAGAGCCAUUCAGUUUCAGACAUGUCUUGUUCAGACUCUGAGGAUUCAGAUAAAGUUACCAAAAAAACUUCAAAAAAUGAAGAAAAACAAAGUGAUAAUAAGGAGUCAGAGAAAAGUGCGCCCAAAUCAGAGACACUUGAAAAGAAUUUAGAUAAAAAGGUAAAACAUAGAUCUACCAGUAGAUCAAGGUCUCGAUCACCUCAUUCCAAAAAAAGAAGGUCUUCAGAGCGCAGUAGACAUUCUCGUUCAAGAUCCAGAUCAAGAUCCAGACAUCACAGAAAAGAGAAAAAACACAGGUCUCACAGAUCACGAUCAAGGUCAAAAGAGAGGCGGAAAUCUAAGGACAGGGACUACCCGCGUAGACAUAGGGAACACAGGCACAGUAGAAGUAGAAGUCGUGAAAGAAGGGAAAGGCGGAGAGAUGUUAAAGGCAGAGAUAGUGAUAGAAGUCGCAGGAGUAGGAGUAGAAGCAGAGGAAGAAGGCGUAGCCCAAGUCCUCGUGGUUCCAAGGUCAUUAAAUAUGGUGAUAAAUAUAUUAAAGCUGGAGCAAGUUUUGGAAGACCGCCACCAUCUAAACCAAUGACAUUUAAGGAGAAAAUGAGACAACAGUUGAUAAAGGCUAUGGAAGAAGGAGGUGAUGUAGCACAAGCACUUAUCUCUAAAGAUGGUACCAUCCUAUGCACCCAGACAGCUGGCACACAGCAGGCUCCUGCACCAAAGAAACCACCUGUUCCUCUAAUGGCUAACAUUGUCACCAGCACAGCAGGCUUGACUGCAGCUACUAUUACAGCUUCUGAAGCAGCCAUGCAGUCACUACUAGCUUUACAAAAAGAAACAACAGAAAAGACUGGCAUAGAGAUUCCAAAGUAUUACAACCCUGCGGCUAUAAAUCCAGUUAAGUAUGCAGAGCAAGUCCAGAAACGAAAGCUUCUUUGGUCAAAAAACAAAGAGAAGGAAGUCAAUUCUCAGUGGCAUGCUACUACAUUGUCAAGUGAUCAUGAUAAUAAAUCAAAAGAAAAAUUUCGUAAGCUUAUGGGUAUAAAAAAUGAAGCUGGGUCAUCUGCAGAUGAUGAUGAAAAAGCUAGUGAAGAACUAGAACUGAAGCAAAAAGAAUUGUUUGAGAAACUAGAUAAAGAAUAUCAGUAUGCCAGGAUGGCUACUCACACUCACAGAGGUGUUGGUUUAGGUUUUGGAUCUUCAGCUUAUCCACCACCAGGAACAUAACUGUUAAAUAACUUUUACUCAUUGACUUCAUUUCAUUGUUAAAUAAUAGAAAAAUUGAGGUACUAUUCCUAUUAAGUUUUCACUCGUUUCUCUUUCUUUAAAUCAAAAUAACAGGAAUAUAAAAACAUAUUUACUGUAAUCGUCUAUUAUUUUCUGAUUUGCAUUGCAUUAUUUUAUAAUGUAACUACCUAUUAUUUUUGUCAGUAAUGUUCAUUUUUUAUAUUAGAAUUACCAAGACCAAUUAAAAGGAUUUACUGAAUUAAAAAGUAGUUUAUUAGUAGCUCAAAACAUACUUAUAAGCAGGGUUUACUCAUCAAUUGCAUUUAAGACAACUAAAAGAAGAAUCUCUUUUGUUUUAAAAAUUGUGUUAUACUAAAUAUUAACUAAGCAACUUAAAGUUCUUCUUGCUUAGUUCUUUUUUGUCCUGAUGUAAUGGGAACUUGCGUUUUACAGGGGACACUGGAGUACUGCUUGCUUUGUCCAAUAAUAUUACUUUCAUACUGGGUUGCCUAAAUAUUAAUAUGACCAUAAUAUACAAGAGAUUUCUAUGAUAAAUCUGACAUUUUUCAGAUAAUGUUGUUUGGUCACUAUGAAGAAUAGUAGAGUGAGUUGUAAUCUUCACAACGAACCCUCUUUUCAAAUGAAAAAAUAUUGUCCAUGUAAAUAUGAUUAAAAACUAACGUGUGUACCUGACCUGUGAAAAGUUACAUGUUGUUGUUUAAACUGAUGUAAUAACUGUUUGUAUUUACAUCAUCAUCAUUACAUUUGAACAGAAAUUUAAAAAAAAAAACAUUGUUAAUUUAUUAUUUUAUAUAAGUUUAUUUUUGUCUGUAGAAAACUAUCCAGAUUAUCACAUUUUAAUAAUUGAUUAGGGGUUUUAUUUUUUUGUAAUAGUCUUUCAUAUCUGUCAUACUAACUUCACUAUUACAUUUUUGAGAGUUCAUAAAUAACAGAUAAAACAGCAACACAUCUUGAUCCAGUAGUGUCAAUGUAAACAUUAACAUUCACCAAUAGCUAGAGCUAUGUGUCUAUGUUGUUAUCUGUAUUAGUGUUUUAAAAUCUCUAUGAAUUGUACCACUAGAAUCAAGCUAAGUUCUUAUUAUCAGUUAGACUAUUUCAAAUUGUAUAAACAGUUACUGGGUUAUUUCUUAAUCUGAAUUAUGUAAAAUAUACCAGAAUCCUUGGCUAUGAUGCAGCUUUUCGUUUUGUCACCAGAUAAUAAAAUGUGUUAGGUAUGAUUUACUGUUCUUGGCUUAUUCAUACCCUUUGAAUUUGUUUUUUAACUGUUUUAACAUAGAUAUUUUUGUUUUACUUUCAAAACAAACAAAAAAUUGCUUGUUUAUAUAAUAAACAUAAAUUUCAUAAUG